CUUCCGGACGUCUGCUACAACUCGGCAACAUGAACUGGUUGUCUUCGUUGUAGUUUUGGAUUUGAAGGAGCUUAUGCUAAAUCCAUUGGCUUAAAGAAAGUCUCUCUGUUUUAAGUGUGUUUUUAGCCGCUUAGGUAUGUUCCUGUGUGAUGUAUUUGAGUGUUAAGAAAGUGUACAAGGGUUUCCAAGUAAAAGAAAAUGGCGUCAAGUGUACGCAGUGCGUUAGCAAACUUUUCUAACACACACUGUGUGACUUUAUCUGUCAGAGCGUGUGAUACAAACUGCAGUCGGAAAAAUGUCCACAGGAAAUUGCGAGAGUGUUUACUACGUGGACAACAGUGUAGAAGCGUUCACAGCUCGAAGCAGACUGUUCAAAGCACCUCUGCAUAUUGUGCAGAGUUAGUGAGAAAAUAUGACUAUGAAAAUUUUCUUGCGACUCUUCUUUACCCAAAGACAUACAGGUCAGCAGCUUUUGCAAUUAGGUCACUGAAUGUAGAAAUAGCUCAGGUACGAGAUGUUAUAACAGAUAAAAACAUUGGUGUCAUGAGAAUGCAGUUCUGGAAAGAAGCUAUUGAUUCUAUUUACCAGGGAACACCAAGGCAAACUCCUGUGUGUAUAGAAAUGGCUAAGGCUGUUGAAGAUCACAAGCUUUCCAAACAGUGGAUAACUCGUCUGAUUGAGAGCAGAACAGAGAAUCUAUCAGAUGCACCAUUCAGAAACAAGGAACACAUGGAGGCUUACUGCGAAAAUACUGUCUCAUCAGUCCUGUAUCUCCUUCUUCAGGCAGCAGGUGUAAAGAGCAUCCAUGCAGACCAUGCAGCCAGCCAUAUAGGUAAAGCCCAUGGCAUAGUGACACUGUUGAGAGCCACACCCUUUAAUGCCAAUAGAGAGAGGGUCUACCUACCUACAGAUGUUCUUCUACAGCAUUGUGUGUCUCAGCAGUCGUUUGUGCGAGGUUUGAAAGAUCAGCCUGUGAGGGAUGUGGUGUUUGAUAUCGCCAGCAUAGCUAAUCGUCAUUUAGAAACUGCUAGAUCGUUUAAGACUGAUGUACCGAGGGAAGCUUUGCCAGUGUUUUACAAUACAGUGAUGUGUGACCGGUAUUUGAAGAUGAUCCAGGCGGUAGAUUUUGAUGUGUUUCACCCAAGCCUUCAGCAGAGGAAUCAUCUUCUGCCUCUUCAUUUAUGGAUGAGGAAACUUAAACGGACAUACUGAUACAGUUGUGCAAUACCUGCUUUUGUGUGUUUAUUUAGGUUUUCCAUUUUCAGAGGUGACGUUGUGUUUCUGUUACGGCAACCAUAGGAGGUCUCACUCAUUAUAGACUUUACUCCUACAAUUUUGUCAGUGUGAACUUCUUGAGUUUCUAUUUGAAGUCAUAUAUUUCCCAACAGCAACAUCAUAAAUAUCAAUUUUUUUUUUUUCAUAACUAAGCAUACAUGUACAAAACCAGCUUUCAUUGUGAAACAUGCAUUAAACAAGUGUGAAGUUAUUCAGUUUAUUGAGUAACGAACUAUAUAGCACGAACUAAUAAUAUAAAGAAAUGCUGGUGGUAAUAAAAUAUUUAAUAUGCAGCAGAAAAGUAACAAACUUAGAAAACUUAGGACAUCGUGAUUGAUAAUACUUUGGAUAAAUUCUGUAUAAUAAACGAAUAAAAAGUCAGAAUGCUUUCAUUCAGUGCCAAAAAAAGUGUGCGUUUUUAUUAAAAUUUACAUGGGGAGUAAAAAAGGUGGGGUGGGGGAGGGGGUAACUUUAAUCAGUAUCUUCAAAAGGCCAUCACAUCCCUAACUGUUCUCCACAGAGUAUUUAUGUCUAUGAAAUAAGAUUUAUCC